GCCAUCUUUUCGCGCGUUCCGACCUGCGCUGCAGAGCAAUGAGACUUCAUUUGAGAGACGGCGACGACGACAUGGGUCGUGAGCUCAUGCAGCGGUAGCUCGAUCGACACCGGCGACCAGUAGCCAGCAGCUCUCGUUUCAUAUAUAUUAGGCCUCGCGCUCCCGAUCGAACGUAACAACUCCGCUCAUUGCCCAUAGCCACGCCACACGAGCGCCUCCAUACCCCCUCUACUCUACGUCCUCGAGCUUGGGAUCGAGCAUGUCGUCGAGAGCGCCGCCGGUGGAGCUCGACUUCCUCGGCCUCCGCGCCGCUGCCCCCAGCGAACAACACGGCAAGAGCACCGGCUCCUCCUCCUCCUUGUCGUCCAUCCGAGGGAUGGAGACGAGCGCUAUAGCGAGGAUAGACCCCCAGCUGCUGCGCCGCGUCGUCGUCGCCCGCUCGCCGGCGACCACGGAAGAGGCGCCGGCGGCUCCCAGUCCCAUGACGGUCUUCUACAACGGCUCCGUUGCCGUCUUCGAUGUCUCCCACCACAAGGCAGAAGCUAUAAUGCAGAUGGCAAGGGAUGUAACGAUGGCAGAAAGGCGCGACCUCGGCAACAAUACACCUGUUGGAAAUUCAAGCAAAGACAUACCAUUGGCAAGAACAAAAUCGUUACAGCAGUUCCUCGUGAAGCGUAAAGAGAGGUUGACCCGCAUGGGUCCAUACCAUCCCGGCGCCGCCACCGUCAGCAGCAACUCUCUUGGUGUGAAGAAGGAAGCGGAAGCAGCCUAGCUAGCUUCUGGGCUUAACUGAUUAGCUUGAUGUUCAUUUGGUACUCUUGAUUAUUGAUUAUAGCUAAUUGUUCUGGUGAUUAUCAGUGUAUAUUCAUGUGUGUGGAAAUGGAACCACUAGUGGUUGCACUAGUAUAGAUACUUUUUCUUUUUUGCGGGAAAGCACUAGUAUAGAUACGUGCAACAGAAUUUGGUAGCGGUGGCUUAAGUUUGGUCAAUGCGCUUUUCUACAGAUGAUUAAUUUUGCAUGCACUCAUGCAAAUGUAUGUAUGUAUGUAACACUGUUUUUUAUAAGGGGUAGAUCAUUUGUAUCAAUAUAACUGUUCUGCCAUA